GAUUCUCUAUGUUGGGUGCAUGCAGGGAUAUAUAUAGCUCGUUCACAGCGACUAAAUAUUGCUGACCGAGUACACAAUUGUUCCAAUUAAAACGCAAUGUAGAUUGACAUGGUCUCUUGCAGAGCAGCUAGCCAAUUUGUUCUAGUUAACAUUUCUAGAAGACACGUUGAAAGUGGCUGGCCGGUUCUCCUAAUACUUUAAGUAUAUUAUUAAUUAAUUAAACUAUCCAAUUCAAGGUAGUGUAUUCAGAGGCCAAAGACGAUGAAACAGGUGAACAAUGAAAUGUUCAAUGGGAAGAACUAUUCCUUAAUUAAGUAGCUAGCUUAAUCUUACGUCAUGCAUGACACUGACACAAUAUUACACAUAAUCACUUUAAACUAGUUCCACAAAGACAUGCAAUCCAUACAUCAUGGGGUAUCACAUCAGAACAACACCUUUAUGACCACGUCAGAUUACCUUUCUUAGCUAGUACACAUGCUGAAUUAAACAAUGGUACAAAGAAACUUCCUGAAGUUGACCGAUUCUAUCUGUUCAUACCUUUUUGUUGACUGUUUCACGAAGUCACCUACUAUUUUCUGCUGCUAUAAAUACCUAGCCCUUCACCAAGCUAAAUCACACAGCAAUACUAGGAAACCACAAACACACAUCUACUUUCAAGAACAACUCAAAUGGUGUCCUCUUCUUAUAUCCUUGUCACCGCUCUUCUUGCCUUGGCCGCAUGGCAGGCUAUUGCUUCUGAUCCGAGCCCUCUCCAGGACUUCUGCGUCGCAGACAACAGCUCACGUGUCCUUGUUAAUGGAUUUAUCUGUAAAGACCCAAAGGAUGUGAAGGCUGAAGACUUCUUCUUGGCGGCCAAACUAGACAUGCCAAGAGACACAAAAAUGAACAAGGUUGGCUCUAAUGUCACAUUGAUCAAUGUAAUGAGGAUUCCCGGGUUGAACACACUGGGCAUCUCAUUGGCUCGCAUCGACUAUGCACCUUUAGGUGAGAACCCACCGCACACUCACCCGCGUGCCACUGAGAUCCUCACCGUGCUUGAAGGGACCCUUUAUGUUGGAUUUGUCACAUCCAACCCAGAAAACAAGUUUUUGUCGAAGGUGCUCAACAAGGGUGAUGUAUUCGUAUUCCCAGAAGGACUCAUCCACUUCCAGUUCAACCCGAAUCCCUAUAAACCGGCGGUAGCAAUUGCUGCACUUAGCAGCCAAAAUCCUGGAGCUAUCACCAUUGCCAACGCUGUAUUCGGAUCAAAGCCUAUGAUCUCGGAUGAUGUUCUCACCAAGGCCUUCCAGGUGGACAAGAAGACUGUUGACUGGCUUCAAGCUCAGUUUUGGGCAGAUAACCAUAAUUAAUUAGUCAUUGUAUUGACUCUUUGGAAAGUAGUAUCAAAUAGUUUGAUAUUACAUUUGUUUGUUUAUUAGCUUGCAAAUAAUAUACCAUGUACUGGUGAACUAUACUGUUGAAUAUAAUGUUGUCCAAUAUUGUACACUGCAAA